AUGCAGCUGAUGCAGGGCUACCGCGAGCGCAAGGACCGCGAGCGCCGGACGAUCCAGGACCGCUACGCCAUCCUCGGCUUCAUCUCCUCGGGCACCUACGGGAAAGUGUACAAGGCCCGGCCGAGGGACGCCCCGGGCGCGGCGGUGGCCAUCAAGAAGUUCAAGCCAGACCGCGACGGCGAGGCGAGCUACACCGGGAUCAGCCAGAGCGCGUGCCGCGAGAUCAUGCUGAACCGCGAGAUCGGGCACGAGAACCUGACGGCGCUGCAGGAAGUGAUGCUGCAGGACAAGGCGAUCUACCUGGUGUUCGAGUACUGCGAGCACGACUUCCUCCAAAUCAUCCACCACCACUCCCAGACCCGCUCGGCGAUCCCCGAGCCGACGCUCAAGGCGCUGCUGUUCCAGCUGCUCAACGGGCUGGCCUAUCUGCAUGCCAACUGGAUCGUCCAUCGGGACCUGAAGCCGGCCAACAUCCUCGUCACCGAGCGGGGCGUGGUGAAGAUCGGCGACCUGGGCCUGGCGCGCAGCUUCCACUCGCCCAUCCAGUCGCUGUACGCCUCCGACAAGGUCGUCGUCACCAUCUGGUACCGCGCGCCCGAGCUGCUCCUCGGCGCGCGCCACUACUCGCCCGCCAUCGACGUCUGGUCCGUCGGCUGCAUCCUCGGCGAGCUGCUUUGUCUGCGCCCCAUCUUCAAGGGCGACGAGGCCAAGCCCGAGCCCCACCACGCCUCCAAGAAAGCCGCCGCCUCCGGCGUCCCGUUCCAGAAAGACCAGCUCGCCAAGAUCUUCGACGUCCUCGGAACGCCCUCCAAGGAAGAGUGGCCGUCGAUCGUCCAUCUGCCCGAAUACGCCCACAUGGCCCGCUUCGACAAGACGCCGAGCGGGCUGCGACACUGGUACAUGGGCAAGACGGCCGUCCACGCGCGGACGGCGGGGGGCGGGGGCGGGCAACAGGAAGGGUUUCAGCUGAUGAGCGGGCUGUUGCGGUUCGAGCCUGCGCGCCGGCUGACGGCGCACGAGGCCCUGGGCCACGCGAGGGUCUCCCCCGACGACGCCGACCCCAUCAUGGCCGCCGACGCCUUCAGACGCCCCAGACCCGACCUCCCCAUCCACAGACUCUCCGCCACCUCCGUCUCCCGCGCCUCGUCGGCCACCAACUGUCCCAGCAGACCCGCCAGCUCCAAGCGGCCCCGCUACGACUAA